CAUUUUUUAUCUGUUGUAACGAAAAUGGCUACGGCGGUAUAACCUAGCAAUUUUUGUUUUGGCGUGAUAUCUACAAGUAUUUUGUGUUUAAAAGAACAAUAAACAGUGAUUUUAUGUUAGUUUUUAGUGUUUAUUUUAAAUAAUUUAACAUGGCUGACGCGGCUGCCAGGCAGUUGCAAUAUGAGUACAAAGCUAAUUCAAACUUGGUGUUACAAGCUGAUGUAAGGCUUAUUGAGCGUCGUGGUCGUGAUGAAGCGACGGGCGAGGUCCUCUCCCUGUCCGGGAAGCUUGGCGGAACCCGAAUGGGUGACCGAGCACAGCGUACUAAACCGGAAAAAACAGAGGAGAGAAAAGUCAAGCGACAGAAACGCGACGAAGCAUCGUACGAGCUGUCCAAAUCUAAAACAGCGAGGGUCGCAUGGGCAGACGACACACCAGGAGUGUUGUACCGUCCUCGGGCGCAACACACACGCCACGCUUACGAGAUGCUUCUCACGUUCAUGCAAAGCGCUCUCGGAGAUCAGCCCAGGGAUAUCUUGUGUGGUGCUUGCGAUGAGGUCUUAGUAGUUCUAAAAAAUGACAAAUUGAAGGAUCCAGAGAAGAAGAAAGAGAUUGAGAUGCUGCUGGGACCAGUGGCAGACGAGAGAUUUGCUUUGCUCGUUAAUUUAGGCAAGAAAAUCACAGACUUCAACAUAAGCUCUUCGGCUGAGGGCAACACCGAGAUUGACGAGACAUACGGUAUUAACGUCCAGUUUGAGGAGUCGUCGGAGGAAGAUGAUGAGGAUGCUUAUGGAGAGGUUCGUGAAGAAGACAAAGAAGAUGGAGAAGGUUCAGACAAUGAGAAAGAGAAGGAUAGUAGUGCAGAAGAGGACAGCGAUACCGAGGGCAAGAGGAAUGCUAUACAUGCUAAUCUGACCGAGGAGCAAUCGCAGAAGCGCCGCGACGCGACCCUGCACCCGAUGGACAUCGACGCGUACUGGCUGCAGCGGCGCCUGUCGCGGCACUUCCCCGACGCCAUGGUGUCGCAGGCCAAGUCCAGCGAGGUGCUGCUGGCGCUGGCCGACGCCGCCGACGACCGCGACCUCGAGAACAGGCUCGUGCUGCUGCUCGGAUACGACUGCUUCGAGUUCGUCAAGCUGCUCAACAAGUACCGCUACACAGUGCUAUACUGCACGAAGCUAGCCUCAUCUCAGUCAGAGAGCGAGAGAGCCAGCAUCCGAGACGAGAUGUCCAAACAGCCGCACUUGCAGAAGAUCCUCGCUCAGCUCGAGACGGGGAAGGGAGAUGAUGAGACCUCUCAACAAUCAGAAGCUCCCCGCAAACGGCACAAGACAGAAGCGGAACCGGCGGGCGGGGGACAGCUGGCUGGCAGCAGGAAGGUCCUCCAACUCGAGGACCUGAUGUUCGCAGCAGGAGCUCACUUCAUGGCCAACAAGAGGUGCCAGCUGCCGCCAGGAUCGUUCAGGAAGCAGAGGAAAGGCUACGAGGAGGUCCACGUGCCGGCUUUGAAACCGAAGCCCUUCGAUGAGGGCGAGACUCUGAUGCCCGUCGAGAAACUCCCGAAGUACGUCCAGCCUGCCUUCGAAGGAUUCAAGACUUUGAAUAGGAUACAGAGUCGUAUAUCCAAGGCGGCCUUAGAAUCCGACGAGAACCUCCUGGUGUGCGCCCCCACCGGCGCCGGCAAGACCAACGUGGCGCUGCUGUGCGUGCUGCGCGAGGUCGGGAAGCACGUCAACGACGACGGGACCGUCAACGCGCACGACUUCAAGAUCAUAUACGUGGCGCCCAUGAGGUCGCUCGUGCAGGAGAUGGUGGGCAACUUCAGCAAGCGCCUAGCUGCGUACAACAUGAAGGUAUCCGAACUGACGGGUGACCACCAGCUCACCAGAGAGCAGAUAGAGGCGACACAACUCAUUGUCUGUACACCGGAGAAAUGGGAUAUCAUUACUAGGAAGGGUGGCGAGAGAUCCUUCACGAACCUGGUCCGUCUGAUCAUCAUCGACGAGGUCCACCUUCUCCACGACGAGCGAGGGCCAGUUCUUGAGGCUCUGGUCGCCAGGACGCUGAGGACAGUCGAGCAGACGCAGGAAGAGGUUCGUCUUGUCGGUCUGUCGGCCACACUACCCAACUACACGGACGUGGCCGCCUUCCUCCGAGUCCGCCCCGAACACGGCCUGUUCUACUUCGAUAACUCAUUCAGGCCCGUAGCCCUGGAACAGCAGUACAUCGGUGUGACGGAGAAGAAGGCUCUGAAGCGUUUCCAGGUCAUGAACGACAUCGUCUACGAGAAGACGAUGGAACACGCCGGCAGGAACCAGAUCCUGGUAUUCGUACACUCCCGGAAGGAGACCGGCAAAACAGCGCGAGCGAUCAGAGAUAUGUGUCUGGAAAAGGAUACCCUCGGACAGUUCUUGAGGGAAGGUUCAGCCAGUAUGGAGGUACUACGCACGGAGGCCGAACAGGUCAAGAACCCGGAACUCCGCGAGCUGCUGCCGUACGGGUUCGCGAUCCACCACGCCGGCAUGAGCAGGGUCGACAGGACUCUCGUCGAGGACCUGUUCGCUGAUAGACAUAUACAGGUGCUAGUGUCGACGGCGACCCUGGCGUGGGGAGUGAACCUGCCCGCCCACACGGUCAUAGUGAAGGGCACGCAGGUGUACUCCCCGGAGAAGGGACGCUGGAGCGAGCUGGGCGCCCUCGACGUACUGCAGAUGCUGGGCCGGGCUGGGCGGCCGCAGUACGACACCAAGGGAGAGGGUAUCCUGAUCACCAACCACUCGGAGCUCCAGUACUACCUGUCGCUCCUCAACCAGCAGCUCCCCAUCGAGUCGCAGCUGGUCAGCAAGCUGCCGGACAUGCUGAACGCUGAGAUCGUGCUGGGUUCCGUUCAGAGUGUCCGCGAUGCUGUCACUUGGUUGGGCUACACCUACCUGUACAUCAGAAUGCUGCGUCAACCAGCCUUGUACGGCAUCACACAGGAGAAGUUCCAAGAAGACAACCUGCUGGAACUGCACAGAGCUGAUCUCGUGCACACAGCUGCCAGUCUACUCGACAAGGCGGGCCUGAUACGAUACGAACGCAAAUCGGGCCACUUCCAACCGACCGAGGUGGGUCGCAUCGCCUCCCACUUCUACUGCACGUACGAGACGAUGCAGUGCUACAACCAGCUGCUGAAGCCGACCCUCGGCGAGAUCGAGCUGUUCCGGGUGUUCUCGCUCAGCGGCGAGUUCAAACACGUGGCCGUGCGCGAGGAGGAGAAGCUGGAGCUGUGCAAGCUGAUGGAGAGGGUACCGAUCCCCAUAAAGGAGAGCAUAGAAGAACCCUCGGCGAAGAUCAACGUCCUCCUGCAGGCGUACAUAUCGCAGCUGAAGCUGGAGGGCUUCGCGCUCAUGGCGGACAUGGUGUACGUGACGCAGUCCGCCUGCAGGCUGCUGCGGGCCAUCUACGAGAUCGUGCUGCAUCGAGGCUGGGCCCAACUGGUGGACAAAACUCUGGCUCUGUGCAAGAUGGUUGACCGCAGGAUGUGGCAGUCGAUGUCUCCGCUCCGACAGUUCAGGAAGAUGCCGGAGGAGGUUAUAAAGAAACUCGAAAAGAAGAACUUCCCCUGGGAGAAGCUGUACGAACUGGGCCCGAACGAGAUUGGCGAGCUGGUCCGGGCCCCGAAACUGGGCAAGAUGAUACACAAGUACGUGCACCAGUUCCCCAAGCUCGAGCUGGCGACGCACAUCCAGCCGAUCACCAGGUCCACGCUCCGGGUCGAGCUGACCAUCACGCCCGACUUCCACUGGGAUGAGAAGAUCCACGGGCAAUCGGAAGCCUUCUGGAUCCUGGUCGAGGAUGUGGACUCGGAGGUGGUCCUCCACCACGAGUACUUCCUCCUCAAGGAGAAGUACUGCAAGGACGAGCACCACGUGAAGCUGUUCGUGCCUGUGUUCGAGCCGCUGCCGCCGCAGUACUUCCUCAGGGUCGUGUCUGAUAGAUGGAUAGCAGCAGAGACCCAGCUGCCGGUUUCCUUCCGUCACCUCAUACUCCCCGAGAAGAACCUCCCGCCUACGGAACUGUUGGACCUGCAGCCCCUGCCUAUAUCCGCCCUGCGGAACCCUAAAUACGAAGAGCUAUAUAACGAGACCUUCCCGCAGUUCAAUCCUGUACAGACUCAGGUGUUCAACGCCGUGUACAACUCCGACGACAACGUGUUCGUGGGCGCGCCCUCGGGCUCCGGCAAGUCGGUGAUAGCGGAGCUGGCGCUGCUGAGGAUGCUCUCCACGAACCCCUCCGGGCGCGCCGUCUACCUGCUGCCCAAGGACGCGCUCGCGGACAUCGUGUUCGCCGACUGCUACCACAAGUUCGGGACCAGGUUCAAUCUGAAGGUGGUCCAGUUGACCGGCGAGACGGCCACAGACCACAAGCUGCUCAACAAGGGGCAGAUCAUCAUCACGACAGCUGACAAAUGGGAUAUACUGUCGAGAAGAUGGAAAGUCCGUAAGAGCGUCCAGAGUGUCUCCCUCUUCAUAGUGGACGCUCUCCAACUCCUGGGAGGAGAAGAAGGACCAGUUCUGGAGGUGGUCUGCUCCAGGAUGCGGUAUAUAUCCUCACAGAUCGGUCGUCAGAUCCGUAUCGUGGCCCUCUCCCUCCCGCUGGCAGACGCUCGCGACGUGUCGCAGUGGCUCGGCUGCAGCGCCAACUGCUCCUUCAACUUCCACCCCAGCGUGCGCCCGCAGCCACUGCAGCUGCACAUCCAGGGUUUCAACAUAUCGCACGCGGCGUCCCGCCUCGCGGCCAUGACGAAGCCGAUCUACAACGCGGUGAUCCGUCACGCGGGCAGCCAGCCCGUGGCCGUGUUCGUCCCGUCUCGCCGUCACGCCAGGCUCCUGGCCGCCGACCUGCUGGCCCUGGCCGCCGCCCACGCCAGCCCCACCAGGUUCCUGAAGGCCAGGCCCGAUAUGCUGCAGCCGUUCUUGAAGAGGGUUCAUGAUAAGAUGCUAAAAGAGACCCUAUCAGCGGGCGUGGCCUACCUGCACGAGGGUGUGGAGCCGGGCGACCGGCGCCUGGUGCAGCAGCUGCUGGAGUCCGGGGCCGUGCAGCUGUGCGUGGUGGCCGCCGAGCUGGCCUGGGCCUUCGCCGCGCACGUACACACCGUCAUCAUCGCCGAUACGCACACCUACAACGGCAAGCUGCACGCGUACGAGCAGUACCCCAUAACGACGGUCCUGCAGAUGGUGGGCCGCGCGUGUCGCCCGCUGCAGGACGAACACGCCGUCGCGGUACUCAUGUGUGUCGCUCAUCACAAGACCUUCUUCACGAAGCUCCUGAAUGACUGUCUGCCGUUGGAGAGCCACCUAGACCAUAGGCUACACGACCACAUGAACGCGGAGAUCGUCACGAAGACCAUAGAGAACAAACAGGACGCCGUUGACUACCUGACGUGGACGUUCCUAUACAGGAGGCUCACGCAGAACCCCAAUUAUUAUAAUCUACAGGGUGUUACACACAGACAUCUAUCAGACCACCUGUCGGAACUCGUCGAGACGACCCUCACAGACCUGGAGCAGUCCAAGUGUAUAGCCAUCGAGGACGAUAUGGAUGUACAGCCCCUCAACCUCGGGAUGAUCGCGUCUUAUUACUAUAUCAACUAUACCACUAUAGAGUUAUUCAGUCUCUCCCUGACCAACAAGACCAAGAUCCGCGGCCUGCUGGAGAUCAUAUCGUCAGCCGCGGAGUACUCCGAGCUCAGCAUCCGACAUCGGGAGGAGAACAUCAUCAAGGCUUUAGCCGCCAAAGUCCCGCACAAGCCGGCGGCGGCGGCGGGCGCGCUGAAGUACAACGACCCGCACGUGAAGGCGCACGUCCUGCUGCAGGCGCAUCUGUCCCGCAUGCAGCUGCCCGCGGAACUGCAGGCCGACACCGCCACAGUCCUCACCAAGGCCAUCCGCCUGAUCCAGGCGUGCGUGGACGUGGUGUCGAGCAGCGGCUGGCUGUCCCCGGCCGUGGCCGCCAUGGAGCUGGCGCAGAUGGUCACGCAGGCCAUGUGGGCCAAGGACUCCUACCUCAAGCAGCUGCCGCACUUCACCGCGGACCUGGUGCAGCGCUGUAGCGAGAAGGGCGUGGAGACGGUGUUCGACGUGAUGGAGCUGGAGGACUCGGCGCGCGGCAAGCUGCUGCAGCUGGCGCCGCACGAGAUGGCGGACGUGGCGCGCUUCUGCAACCGCUACCCCAACGUCGAGCUCACCUACGAGGUGUUGAACGAGCGUCACCUUCGCGCCGGCAAACCGAUCGUGGUAGAAGUCUCACUAGAAAGAGAGGACGAUAUCGUUGGACCCGUCAUCGCGCCCUUCUUCCCACAGAAACGCGAAGAGGGCUGGUGGGUGGUGAUAGGUGACCCUAAGAGCAACACCCUGCUAUCCAUCAAGAGAGUCUCUCUAGCUCGCAGUGCUAAGGUCCGCUUAGACUUUGUUUGCGGCAGUUCUGGCCGGCACACGUACACGCUGUACUUCAUGUCGGACGCGUACCUGGGCGCCGACCAGGAGUACAAGUUCACCGCGGAGGUCGCAGAGGCUGCCUCCGACUCCAGCGACUCGGAGUAGGACCACUGCAGACAGCGGGACCACUGCGGUCACUGUUACCACUGCAGUCAUUGUUACCACUAUCAAAGUAAUAGGGUGUUUGAUAAAUACUCUAAUUUUGUGUUAUUCAUGUGUCAUAUCGGCGUGAAUAAAUGUAUUUUCUUUCUAGAUAAAAGAAAGAAUAUGUAUCCAACAUUAUUUAGAAAUCUGUCUGACGGAUAAAUUAGAUUGUUUAGUCAAAUACCUUAUUACGCAUGUAACUUUAAUGAGGACGAUUUGUAAUUAAAUGAUACAACGGUUUACUCACGCGUAUUUAUCACGAUCGCCCGACUAGUUUCGGACCCAACCGGA